CGAAGGUGAAAUUUCCCCUUUUUUUUAAAAAAAGAGCGAAGGCGAGUACGAGAUGGAGGAGAGUCGAAGGCCUCGAGCUGUUUUCAUGGCCUUCGGCACCAAGGGCGACGUCUUUCCCAUUGCGGCCAUUGCUACAGCUUUUGCUUGUGACCAACAAUGGUACCACGUGCUGUUUAUCACUCAUUUGGCUCAUCAGAGUUUAGGUAUGCACUUGGAAGCAAAAAAUAUCACCUAUGUGCCAGUUUCCACUCCCCCUGUGCUUGCUGUUCAUCAGGAUGGGAAUAUCUCAGAUUCUGACCAAGUGUUCUUUUCUCUACACAAAAAGAUGAUUCAACAAGAACACAGGAAAGAAUGCUUAUCUGCAAUUGAAAGAGUUUUUGGAGAUUGUCCGAGCAUCGAGGGUGAUUUUAUAGUGAUCAAUUUCUUUUCGUUGGAGGGCUGGAAUCUUGCAGAGCUUUUUCAAGUUCAAUGUGUUAUUGUUGCUCCUUAUGUUGUUCCUUAUAGUGCACCUUCAUCAUUUGAAUGCCAAUUCAAGCACAAACUUCCUCUUUUAUACAAGUAUUUUCAAGAACCUCCAGCAAACAUGGUUUGCUGGAAGGAUGUCAUCCACUGGAUGUGGCCACUCUUCACAGAAGAUUGGGGGUCGUGGAGAAGUGAUUGUUUGAAUCUUAGUCCUCUUCCUUUCACAGAUCCAGUAACAAAUCUCCCUAUGUGGCAUUCUCGGUUACCAUCACCAUUAUUGCUGUAUGGAUUCAGUAAAGAAAUCGUGGAGUGGCCAGAUUACUGGCCAUCAAAUGCUCACGUUUGUGGUUUUUGGUUUCUACCUAUGGAGUGGCAAUUUUCAUGUACCAAAUGCAGGGAGAUAUUGUCCCCAAAUCCUUAUACGUGUCUGGUUCAAAAGGACAACCUGUGCACAGAUCAUGCUGAUCUACAGCAUUUCCUCACAAAGAGCUCAAGUUCAUGUUCACCAAUAUUUGUAGGGCUUAGUUCUAUUGGAAGCAUGGGCUUUAUUAAAAAUCCUCAUGCAUUUCUUAUGGUACUCAAACUAGUUUUGGAGAGCACAAAUUAUAGUUUCAUCCUUUUCUCGGCUGGUUAUGAGCCAUUACAUGCUGCCAUUCAGUUGAUUUGUGGUGUAUCAUCAAAAUCAACUGAGUUACAGAAAUUUACCUGCAAUGAAGAUGGCAUUCUACUUUUCAAUGACCAGCUCUACUGCUUUUCUGGUACCAUCCCAUACAGCUGGCUUUUUCCAAAAUGUGCAGCUAUAGUGCAUCAUGGAGGCAGUGGAUCCACUGCUGCAGCACUACGAGCCGGAAUCCCUCAGAUUGUAUGCCCCUUCCUAUUGGACCAGUUUUACUGGGCAGAGAGACUCUGCUGGAUAGGAGUAGCACCAGAACCAUUACAAAAGCAACAUCUAGUUCCAGAAAGAGAUGAUGCUGCAGACAUCAAUCAAGCUGCAGCUGCCCUGUCCAGGGCCAUAAAACUGGCAUUAUGUCCUGAGAUCAAAGCACGGGCAUCAGAGAUUGCUGAGACAAUUGCUUCAGAGGAUGGCAUUGGUGAAGCUCUGAGGAUCUUAAAGGAAAAGGUAGUCCCGUCUAAGCUAGCCAAAGUGACCAAUCAUACAUCAUGAUUGAUAUAUAUACAUAUAUAGACACACACUGUUAAUUUAGAUCGUGCUGCCUUGUUGGACUGUAGAUCCAGUUACUGUAUCAUAUAGUUUUCUGCCCGACUUGAUUCUUUUGUUUCCCUCUUUUCCAGGUGCUUAUUAACACAUAGCCUUUGCAA